AGCAGAAGAAGUCUCUUCCAGCAUGUCGGACACAGCGGACGCCCCCCCAUCCACAGAGACGCAGCAAACAGCUGUUCCUGAUGUGUCCCCACAGCCACCGCCUUACUACUACCAAGACGAGCCUCCACCUUACUCUGCUGCAAUGUAUCCUGCAGCCAAAAUAGAUACGACUCACACGUACCAGCCUACCUCAGGAUACGAGUCCUUCCGUGAUAUAAACCCAGAGCUCAUGGCGGACACAUCGCCACUUGUUGAGUCUUCUUCCUUUGAGGACAAGUCAGUGAGGAUGGGCUUUGUUAGAAAGGUGUUCAGCAUCCUCACCCUCCAGCUGCUGUUCACCUUCAGCGUUGUGUGUGUGUUCACCUUCUCCACCGCCGUCAAAAAGGCGGUGCAGGAGAACCUUUGGGUCUACCUCAGCUCCUUCAUCGUGUUCGCCGUGGUUGCCAUCGCCCUCAGCUGCUUCAAGUCCUUCAGCCGACGUCACCCCUGGAACAUCGUGGGGCUGGCCGUGGUGACCUUGAGUCUGUCUUACAUGGUGGGAACCGUCGCUUCCUUCCACAACACCACCGCUGUCGUCAUAACGAUGGGAGUAACGAUAGCCAUUUCCUUUGCAAUCAUCGCCUUCUCAGCACAGACUCGUUAUGAUUUCACUAUCUUUUACGGUGUUCUUCUGAUUCUGGCUGUGGACGUUAUCAUGUUUGGCUUCUUCUGCACCUUUUACUACUCCUACAUCGCUGACGUCGCCUACGGAUGUCUGGGAGCUCUGCUGUAUUCACUGUUCCUGAUGAUCGACUGUCAGCUGAUGAUGGGGAUGAUGAGUUACCGUCUGGAUCCGGAGGAAUACGUCAACGCCGCUCUGAUGAUCUACCUCGACAUAGUCCUGAUCUUCCUCUACCUCCUGGGGAGGAGGUGAAAAACAAAACAACACCAUCACACCUACAGAGACUCCAAACUGUCUUUUUAUUUUGUAUAUAUUGUAACCUCAUCCUGUUUUACGUGACAAUGAAUGAAUGAUGAUCAAUGGUUUGUUUUUUCUGUUACAGAAUAUUGUCUUUGUCUCAAUUUUACAUGAAUAAAAAUGUAUUAAAAACUUUAUUCUUUUUUUGCAAUGCCUGUUAACCCAUACAAAAACCUGACACUUAUUCACAUUCACAAAAACAUUCUAGUUUUCCUUUUUUUUUAAUAAGACACACAUUUGAGAAAUAACGUCAAUCCAGCCUCGAUGAAGUUUUAAAUCAUUUUGUGUCAUUAAAGUCAGACACUGAUAAUGAAAUAGAUCCAUAAGGCACCAAAUCAGAAAACCCAAAUGCUAUGAAUGUUCUUGAAGGCAGCAUGCAGUACA